CAAGAAUAGUCGUAUCGAGGCGGUAGUCGAGUAUCACCUCUCUUCUUCUUCUCCUCCUCCUCCUACUACUACUACUAUUACGACAACUACUACGGGCCGCUGCUCCUGCCGUUGCUGCUGUUGCCGCCACCACCACCACCGCCACCAACACCACCACCACCACCGCCACCACAGUCACCGCCGCCGCCGCCGCCGCUGUUGCUGCUGCUCGGCGCUGCGAGCGCGCGACGGAGGGACGACAUCAUCACCACCACCUCUGCCGCCACCUCCACGCAUACAACACCGCGCGCAAAACGCAUCCGGAGGAGUACACGCGCGCGAGCGCACUCACGAGCGCACGAGUACACACAGGCUCGCGCGAACGCGAGUGUCGCGGUCGGUCUCGCAACGCUUACGGUCCACGAUAUAUCGACUAUAGGUACGCGUGAACUCGCACAUACGUACGCAGGGCGCAUCGUGGUUUCGCGGGACACGCGGUACCGAGGAAACACGCGACUGCUCCGGGACCUGUACCGCCCUCCUCCCUCUGUGCCCGGUGGGUAGUGUGUCGCCGCCCUGACGUUCGAAGGGUGGACGACCGUCGCCGGGAUAGAUCGGUGCUCGGUGUGGGUGUCGGUGUCUCAGCGCGAGACCUUCCUCCUCGGGAGAUCGCGAGGUGAUCACGUGGAAAAGUGAAGUGGCCCAAAGUGCGCGAGCAGGGAGUUGUGACCGGGUUGUCACUGUUCUGACAUCGUUGUAUCGUUCGCGGUUCACGCGGGAUCAUCGGGAAUUGCGGCGGAAUGACCCGCUGGUUGUUGUUGCGCGAGCAAUUUGCGAGCGAUCGGAGCCGUGGGACGUUCACGUAGCUCGCACAGGUGGGAUACCUCGGUAGGCGCUGACGAAUAAAGGACUUGGUUCUUCGUGGAUCCUCGCAUCUAUCUAUCGGGCGGUCGUCCAACCUGAGAGAGUAAUCAGGAAUGGGAUUGUAGAGGUACAGUGCGCGUUGAAGUCUGAUACCCUCCGCGUGGUAUCGCCUCGCGAGCCCUGCAAGUAUGAUACGCGUCGGUCGUCCGCCGCGCGACCUGUCCCGCGAUCACGCGUGUCCGUCGAUCGGAAACUCGAGGACAGUGAAGAAGUGAGUGACGUCCCGCUAUCAGAACAAAAGUGAAGGCUCGGUGAGCGCAUUCCACCCAGUCGCUCCCGUCUCCGUGGGUCGCGUCUCGCGGGUAGAAAACCGGCAGGGUGGUUCGAGGCGGGACGGGAGGCGCGGACGCCCUGGCGACUGCCGGGGUGGUUUACCCGGCCGCGACGGCGACGUUGUUCCCUGGCCGGGUGCCAGCCGGACACCACCACCCCGAGUUCACCACCACGUUGGAGCUGGGGUUCCCGGCGCGCGGCACCACCGCCUCGAUGGCGUUGGUCGCGCCGCCGCCGCCCUCAUGGGCCUCGCGGGACCCCGCGGCCGCCUUGGGCGCAGCCGGCGGGGGCGGCGGCGGACCCAUUCAGGUCGGUCCGCCGCCGCCGAUGCCACCCGCGCAUCUCACACCCUCGGCCACGCCGGAGGACAUCACCUGCCUGGUGCCCGCCGGCUCGGUGCUGACCUCGAGGGACCCCCUGCCACCCAGCACCACCCCCGGCAGCCAGGCCAACAGCUCGCAGUCCGGCAGCUCGCAGACCGACAAAUCGCCUAACAUCGAGUGCGUCGUCUGCGGGGACAAGAGCAGCGGCAAGCAUUACGGACAGUUUACCUGCGAAGGUUGCAAGAGUUUCUUCAAGAGAAGCGUCAGGCGGAACCUGACGUACUCGUGUCGGGGGAACAGGAACUGCCCCAUCGACCAACAUCAUAGGAACCAGUGCCAGUUUUGCCGCUUGAAGAAGUGCCUGAAGAUGGGCAUGCGCCGGGAAGGUAUGCACUCCGUGCAGAGGGGGCGGGUGCCGCCGUCGCAACCUCCGCUGUCGGGUCUGCCGAGCCAGUUCGCCCUCGCGAACGGAGACGCGGUCGCGUGUGCCAACCUAAACGGACACUCUUACCUCUCGUCGUACAUAAGCCUGCUCCUCAGGGCGGAACCUUACCCGACCACGAGAUACGGCCAGUGCAUACAGCCCAGCAGCAACAUCAUGGGCAUCGACAAUAUGUGCGAACUCGCGGCGAGGUUGCUCUUCUCGGCGGUCGAGUGGGCCCGCAACAUCCCGUUUUUCCCGGAACUCCAGGUGACGGACCAGGUCGCCCUGCUCAGGCUAGUGUGGAGCGAGCUGUUCGUCCUGAACGCGAGCCAGUGCUCGAUGCCGCUCCACGUGGCGCCGCUGAUCGCGGCGGCGGGCCUGCACGCCACCCCGAUGGCGGCGGACCGCGUGGUCGCCUUCAUGGACCACAUCAGGAUCUUCCAGGAGCAAGUGGAGAAGCUCAAGGCGCUCCACGUCGACACCGCGGAGUACAGCUGUCUCAAGGCUAUCGUCCUCUUCACCACAGACGCCUGCGGUCUCUCGGACGUGGGGCACAUCGAGUCCCUCCAGGAGAAGUCGCAGUGCGCCCUGGAGGAGUACUGCCGGUCGCAGUACCCGAACCAGCCGACGAGGUUCGGCAAGCUGCUGCUACGACUGCCGUCGCUGAGGACGGUCUCGUCGCAGGUGAUCGAGCAGCUCUUCUUCGUGCGGCUGGUGGGCAAGACGCCGAUCGAGACGCUCAUCAGGGACAUGCUGUUGAGCGGCAGCAGCUUCAACUGGCCCUACAUGUCCACGAUGUGACACUCUGUCUGGCGGCAGCUGGCUUCCGCAUAAUACUGUCAUUAUACCUGGGGCGACGUCGCGGACCUCGGCUCGCCGCGGCCCGGACUCGCUCAUCAAUAGAGAGAGGGAGAGAAAGCACGAGAGAAAAUGAGAGAGAGAGAGAAGCUCGCGGAUACGGCGAAGGGGACGGACGCGUGGACGACACAUUGACGUCGCCGUGGUCGUCCGCCAAGUUCCUCGUCCAAGAGGCGACGUCGGAAGCGCACUUCGUCCCGGACGAAUGCCGUUUCCGUCGUUGUUAGCCCGGUUACGUGGCCCCGUCGCUCCGACUUUCGCCGCCGUGUCGUGCCGUGACGCGACGCAACCGAACCGACCCGGUGAGUUCCUCUCCGAGGGACCUCGUUUCCGGAGACGUUGAGACGUCGGGGCCGGUGGUGGGACUCGCGACGGAAAUCAGGAUUUUAGUCGGAACUCGAGGUUUCUGCGCCGAGAUGGCCGCGAUUCGACAUCACGAAGAGGAAGAGGACGCACCGACGCACGCGAAGAUCGCAGGACCGAAGAAGGAAGAGACGUACGACGGGAUACGGAUGAGGGAGAGGGGGAAGGGGGGGGGAAGACUCGCGAGAGGAAGAAUUAAGCACGGUCAUUAACGGAGUUCGACCGAGGGUGAUAGGAUAAUGCGCGCGAAGCGGAGAGAAAAGUGGGCGUGCGGAGGAGACGUCGUCUUGUUCAUCGAACGACGGGGAGGAAUCUCGGCGAGCGGGGUAAGACAGGGCGGGAAGAGAGAGAGAGAGAGAGAGAA